AAAAAGCGUCACAAUUGGUAUACUUUAGAGUCUAUAUUAUUUAGACUGUACUUAGUAAUGGGCAAUAUAUACUAUUAAAUAGUUGUAAUACCGCGUUAUAAUUUUUUUUUGUAUUUUAUUACUUUAUUCAUAGUUAUGCUAGAAAUGUUGUCGAUGAGGUCUGAAACUAAAUAUGUCAUCAAAACGUCAAACUUCUUUGAUAGGUUUCUUUUCUGUUGUCAAAAGUGAGCUCGAAGGAAGAGUUCCAAGAUGUUGAUGCCUAAACAAAACCGUGUUUCCAUAUAUGAGUACCUCUUUAAAGAGGGGGUGAUGGUUGCUAAGAAGGACUAUCAUGCUCCGAAGCAUCCGGAUCUGGAAAAGAUUCCUAACCUCCAGGUUAUCAAAGCGAUGCAGUCUCUCAAAUCUAGAGGAUAUGUCAAGGAACAGUUCGCGUGGAGGCAUUUCUACUGGUAUUUGACCAACGAGGGUAUUGAAUACUUGAGAAUCUUCCUCCACUUGCCCCCUGAAAUCGUGCCCGCCACCCUCAAGCGCUCAGCCCGCACAGAGACAGUCCGCCGUGGCGCGGUUGGCCGGCCAGACGCCCCCGCACGCACUGCUGAGGACAGGUCUGCCUACCGCCGUGGACCGACCACACCCUCAGGCGCUCCUCAUGAUAAGAAGGCUGAUGUUGGCCCUGGUUCAGCCGAUGUUGAAUUUAGAGGAGGAUUCGGACGUGGCAGGCCUGCUCCCUAAGUUUAAAUAAACUUAAGUUUUAAGAA